GUGGUUUCUCUCCUUUGUUACAGAGCCCACAGAAAAUCCAGUUGGCACCCUGAGGAACACUGCUGGAUACUCCUGUUAAAGAGAAUUCUCUUUGAGCCAGUUGAUUUCUUCCCUUUAGAAAUGGGAGCUGUCAGUGGAUUUAUAAAAUAUUCUAUGUUUAUCUUCAACUUCAUAUUCUGGGUAUGUGGCAGCGUCAUCCUGGGAAUAUCAGUAUAUGCACGUACCAGCAAAUUCGGUCAAGAGAUCAUUCGUGGUGAAGCAGCUGGACUGAAUACACAUGCAGCUGCGAAUCUCUUGAUAGCUGUGGGUACCAUUAUCAUGGUCCUUGGUUUCCUGGGAUGCUGUGGUGCUAUGAAGGAAAGUCGCUGCAUGCUGCUCUUGUUUUUCAUUGGAUUACUUGUGAUUGUGAUUAUUCAGAUUGUAGCAGGUGUGCUAGGAAUAACCUUCAAAUCUAAGAUUGAAAAAGCAUUUGUAAAAACUUUUGAGCAUGAAGUGACGACUUUGACCAAAGAUGAUCCUCAGUCUCUGGCAUUUCAAAAGAACUUGGACAAAAUGCAAAAGAAGUUUAAAUGCUGUGGCUUGGUCAAAGGAGCUGCUGACUGGGGAAGGAACUUCUACAAGUACAGUGCAUCAUGUGAAUGUCCAAAUGAUAUAUUUAAUGACUGUGAAGACUAUGAGGGAAAACAUGUUUACAGAGAGUCAUGUGGUCAAUAUCUUAUCACCUACUUGAAGAAAAAUUUGAUGAUUGUUGCUGGGAUUGCAUUUGGAGUGGCAGUGAUUGAGAUUCUUGGCCUGGUCUUUUCUUAUGUCUUAUGGCGCCAGAUUGGGCCAAACUGAAACUGCAGGAAUUAAUCUGUCACCUACCAAAUCAGCCUUUUCACAAUUAGCUUUGCUUAAAAAACAAAACAAAACUGUACAGCUUUGUCAAAUAGUAGCCGGUUUGCUAAAAUAUUUGAUUUUGCAGAAAGCAUAACUACAUUUCGUUAUGUACCAGAUGUGUUUAAGAGUUGUGUGUCAUAGGAAUAAAUGAUAUGGAUGUAUAUUAUUUUCAGAAUAAAAAAAUUUUGUUUUAAUUGA